AUAAGAUAAAGAUUCGUCGUCUUUUUAAUAAUUUAAAUAUAUUUUUAUUAAUUAAUUAUUAAAAUGUUUAAUUGUGAAGUUUGCGAUUCAAAUUAUAAUUCUAUUUCCGGUUUAAAUAAGCACCAUAGGAUUAAACAUAUAAAUAUACCUAGAUAAUAUAACCAGAUUUAGAUGAAGAUUAUGGGAAUACAGAAAUUACACAUAAACUCGAGUCAAUACUUGGUAUGGUUAAUCGUACAAAGUUAAAUGACAUAGAUCAAAAAUAUAUAGUAAAACAAUGAAAGAAGAGAAAUAUUGAACCUCAAACCAGAUUUUUUACCAACAAAAGAAAAAGAAUUGAAUCACCUACUUUAUCAUCUACUGAAAGUAAACAUAUUAGAGAAUCACUAAGGAAUUCUUCCAAUGAAACAUUAUUUAUAAGUAAUACACAAAUGUUUGACCACUCCUAUUUAUAAAUUAUCAUUAUAUAUAAAUUAUUUACAUUUUAAUUUUUAACUAAGUGAUUUAUGAUUGACAAUUCAAUUUUUUGAUAUUACAUUAUAUAAUAAUUGUUUACUAUUUUUUUUUAUAUUAUGUCAGAGCUGUAUAUUAUUAUAAUUGUAACCAAAAUGACCACUAGGUUUAUGUAUUAUAGUGAAUAGUGAUUGUUAUUAUUAUUUAUUUAUUCCUAUUUUGAAAUAUAACUAAGAAGUUUAUAUUUUCAAAUUUAAUAAGCAUUUCUUAUAAUCAUUUAUAUUUUAAAUGUAAGCUACAGCUAUAACAAUAAUCUAAAACGGUUGUACAAUUUCUACAUUCAAUAUUGGUAUCAAUUAAACAUUUUAAUAAUUAAUUAAUAAAAAUAUAUUUAAAUUAUUAAAAAGACGACGACAUUCAAUAUUAGUAUCAAUAUUAUUGUAUCGCUGAUAAUACAGAAUGGUAUCACAGAGACGUGCAUAGAUAACAGUGACGUCACGGAUAUGGAUCCGACAAAAAAUUUUUCCUGCGAAGAGAUUCGUGUUCUUGAAGUUUUCAGCGCUACCGGUGGUUUUAUUUGGCUACACACAAUUUGUAUCUUAGUCCGUGUUAAAUGCAGAGGGCGCUGUGAACUCCAGGAACACAUAGCGACCCCCCGCACUUUGCCUCUUGGACAUACAUUCGUGGCCGUGAUAAUCUGCUCGUUUCCAGUACAUAAGUAGUAAAUGAUGAAUAUGAAACUAUUAAGUUUACCAUGCAGAUAUACUCUGAGCAGGCAUCUGUAUUCCAGUUGUUCAGUAAAAGACAUUUUAAAUACUCAACCCGAGGGUUGUAAAAAAAAAUUAAAGGGUUGGGCAAAAGCAAUGCGAAAAAUGAAAGAAAACAUAUUUGUGGACUUAGAUGAUGGUUCUACACAUCGUCGUCUACAAGUAGUAAUACCUAAAAAUAAGAUUCCAGCUUCAUUGACCUAUGGAUGUUCCUUUGAAGCUGAGGGUGUCUUAGUUAGAAACCCUAACUAUCAACUGGAAUUGGUAGCAGAAUCUAUUAAUGUUUAUGGAUCAUGUGUUGUCCAAGAUGGUUAUCCAUUUGCACCUCGAAAAACUUACCAUCCAGAAUAUGUCAGACAACAUUUACAUAUUCGUCCACGUACAGCAACAUUUAGUAGUCUACUUAGGCUCAGAGACAAAUUGUCUAGUGCUGUUAGAAAUAGAUUUGCUGAAGACAAUUUUAUAGAAAUAAAUGCUCCAGUAUUAUCUUCUAAUGAUUGUGAAGGAGCUGGUGAAGUAUUUGCAGUUAAACCAGAUAGUGAAAAUUUAGUUAAAGAAAUGAUUACAAAAGAUCAUCAGUCACCUAUGGAAGCUUUUUUUAAUGGGCAAACGUAUUUAACAGUAUCUGGACAGUUGCAUUUAGAAUGUAUGGCGCGGGCUCUAACUAAAGUUUACACAUUAGGGCCAACAUUUAGAGCAGAAAAUUCAAAGUCUAGAUUACAUUUAUCCGAAUUUUAUAUGAUUGAAGCUGAGCAAGCUUUUAUUGACAAUACAGAAGAACUCUUGAGUUCAAUAGAAAAAACUACAUCUACAGUUGUAAAACAACUUUUGGAGAAAUCUAGUGAUGAAAUAGGCCAUUACAGAAACAUCAUAGGUGCUUCUAAAGACAAUGACCCUGUGAAUAUGGUUAAUGUUCCUUAUGAAGUAAUUAGUUACCAAAAAGCAUGUGAUGUAUUAGAAAAAGAAAAUUGCUUUAAAAACUCAAUGAUUCGAGGCAAACCUUUGGCUAAAGAACAUGAAUUGUUUUUGGUGAAAUAUAACGGUCAGAAACCUAUUUUUGUCGUGGAUUGGCCUAAAGAUUUAAAACCAUUUUAUACUAAAGCUAUACCUAAUAACAAAUCAUUGGUGUAUGCUGUAGACCUAUUGUGUCCAAAUGUUGGUGAAUUAUGCGGUGGAAGUGUGCGAGAAGAUGAUUAUGACGUUUUGAAAGAAAAAUUAUCUUUUGUAGGAUUAGAAGACAAACUUCAUUGGUAUUUAGAAUUAAGAAAAUUUGGGAAUGUGUCUACUGCUGGUUUUGGCAUAGGUUUUGAACGAUUUCUUCAAGUAUUGUUAGAUGUACAGAAUAUUAAAGAUACCAUUGCAUUUCCAAGAUGGCCACAUAACUGUAAAAUGUAAAUAUUGAAUUUAAUAACAAAACUUGUUUACUGUAGUUAUGUACUAUUGAAUGUACUAUCAAUAAGAUUUAUUUGAAUAUAUAUUUUAUUUUAAA